UUGGUCGGUUGCUAAGUUGAUUGGUACAAGGUGCCGAGUAUUUAGACAGUAAGAUGGAGAGGAAUCGGUGGCAUGCUGAAAACACACAGAGGAUGGACGCGGGCCGUAGUGGAGGUAUCUGUAGACGUUUCAUCAAUGGCUCUUGCAGAUUUGGUCAAAGAUGUAGUUACAGACAUGAAUGGCCGGAUAUACCACCAUCCCAAAUAUGUAGGUACUUUCAGAAAGGUGCAUGCUGGUAUGGUGAAAGCUGCAGAUAUCUCCACGUCCUUCAACCUGAAGCUGAUGGAGCUGUUGCAGGUAGAAGAGGUUCAGUGCCUACGGUUUCUUCUAGAGCAGCAUAUGUUCCACCCGACAGAAGAGGGUCGGAGCCUGCUCUUCCGCAUGCUGACGUGCUGUCCAGGCAGCCGUACAGCAGAUCACAGUUUGUGUUUAACAUCUCAGAUCCUCAACACAACACUGGGUUCUUGGCAGCAGAUAUUGCUGAGGAGCAAUCGCAAGAUAACUCUCCUUUAACUGCCGAUUGCCAAGCGGCCCAUAGCCCAGAGGCUGCACAAGCAUGUGCUGGAAGAAAUGAGCAGGAGACUGCCAAUGAGACGAUAGAGGGUGGUGCUGGUGUUGCUGGUGCUGCGGCGGCGUUUAGUACCCGAGGGAAUGUGGAGGAAAUAGAGACCUUCCUCCGGAGUGAAAAUGUGACCUGUGGCAUCUGCAUGGACAAGGUGUAUGAAAAGACUGAUCCAAGGAACCAUGUUUUUGGUAUCUUGCCAAAUUGCAAUCACUCCUUUUGUUUACAAUGCAUCAUGACCUGGAGGAAAACUAAAGACCUCGGUCCGGAUGUGGUUAAGAGCUGUCCACAGUGUCGAGUGAGAUCUGCCUUUUAUGUGCCACACAAACUCUGGGUUGAAGGACAAGCCAAGGAAAGAGUAGUUGCUGCCUUUAAAGAAAAAUUCAGUAAGAAACGAUGCAAUUACUAUACCAGAUACAGAUGCUGUCCCUUCAAUUCAGAGUGCCUCUAUUGGCAUGAUAAACCUCCACACCACGGGUCAUUUCCGUAUUCUACAGAUGAUGACGACUACGAUAGUGUUGAUUUAAUCAAUCUCUUCAUAGCCAUGACCCUUCUCAGGGAUGACGACGAUGAUGAUGACGAAGACGACGUUUCCUUUCCUUUUUACCUAUUUUGAAGAGUAUGGUUUCUGAGCCUUUGUCUAAUCAGUGCCUGAAACCACUGAAUGGGGUCCUAAUUGUUCAUUUUCUCCCCCUGAAGGACACAUGGCUGUGUUUUGGAUGUUCAGGACGUUUUCUAUCUGCCAUUGAGGGCCCUGUGUGUUGGUUUUUAAUUGCUUUUUUCACUGUAGCAGGUGAAUAUUGUGUUUUUACUGAAGAGUGCUCUUUCAACUAGAGAGAAACUAACUUGUGAAAUCACCUGCUGCAGUUUCUGAUUGGUAAUGAGUAGACAUGGCUCUGUGGCGCAUGGUUAUUUACCCCUGUUCUAGGUGUGACUACUCCAGAUGUGACACGUCUGGCUAAUCAUACGUGUUCAUGGCCUUCUAGUUUGAAUUCAUUUCUCUCCUGUGGCCAUUGUGCUUCCAACAUUUUGCAUAAAGUUCAUUUUUCCCGUAGUGUUUAAAGAACUCAAAUUUGACUUCUUGCCUAGCAAUUUGCACCAUUUAGCUUUUUAACGUGUUUGGCAGGUAAUUUUAAUUGUCUAUAGAUGAAAAGUAUGCUGUAUAUCCUUGCUAAAGUCCACUACUGAUUGUAACGUUUUUCCCCCUAGCCUUGGCAAGAAUAUGAAAUGUAAUUUUUUAGAACUUUUUAAACAAGUUGUACUUGUAUACAGAAAAUAAAUUGCUUCAUUUUGUCUCACGGAA